AUGGGUCUCAAGGAAGUUCAAGCUAAUGGGGAGGGCUUUAUGUUCUUCUUUGAAAAUUCUGACUCUUGUAGCAAAGUGUUAGAAGGAGGGCCGUGGUAUAUAGGCAAUCAACUACUUAUACUCAAGAAAUGGAAGAGAAUGAUGAGAUUAACUAAGGAACAGGUAUCUCAGAUUCCUGUAUGGGUUAAACUGUUCAAUGUCCCAAUGGAAUAUUGGGAUGAUGAGGGGUUAAGUAGAAUUGCUAGUAAGAUAGGUGUUCCACUGUUUAUGGAUCAUCUGAGCUCCUCUGGUAAUAGGAUUUCUUUUGCUAGGUGCGAACACUGUAAAGUCUUUGGCCAUAAUAGCAAGAAUUGUGUGGCAGCUCAUGUGGAGAAAUUAGUCCAAAUGCAAAAGGAAACAGACCAUCAACCUGAUGAUGAAUGGACGCUUGUAAAGGCAAAAGGGAAGCAUAAGAUUGCAGAAUCUAAUGAAACUAUAUGCAGCCAACCUGUGGAACAUACAUCUCCACCAGACACACUGGGAGACUAA